GCUUAAAUCCAACAGUAAAAAUAAAGCAAAAAAAAAAGUUGUUUUAAAAAUGAAAAGGAUUGUUAAUUAUGAUGUAUAAGUCGUCAGUAGGUACUGGAAUUCUUGGAGGUUUGCGGGACAAUAUUAUGAAAUAGGUUAUUCACAUUUCUUAAAUUUUAAGUGUAUUAUCUAUGAUCACAUUGCAUAAUGGAAUCGGAAUGUAUAGAGGAUAAAAUUUAUAAUGUUCCGUCAAAGCUGUCACUCGUUGGUAAAAUAUUAAUAUACACAACGGGCGGUUUAGCCAUUGGUGUCAGCAUCGUUUGUAUACCUUUUGUGUCUCCAGCAGCAAGGAAAAUUUGUUUGCCUUAUGUACCUGCAACAACAGAACAGUUACUAGGAGUAACGAAGGCAUUAAAGGGCAGAAGAGGCAGACUAAUAGAUAUUGGAUCUGGUGAUGGAAGAAUAGUAAUAACAGCAGCCAAAAUGGGUUUUAAAGCAGAUGGAGUAGAACUAAAUCCAUUCCUUGUUUAUUACUCACGAAUAUCAGCCUUAUUGAAUCAAAAAUAUUAUGAUACCAGGUUUUAUCAUUGUGAUUUAUGGAAAUUCAACCUCAAACCUUACAAUAAUGUUGUAAUAUUUGGUGUGGAGCAAAUGAUGCACGAUAUAGAAAAUAAAAUUUUAGAUGAAACGCAAGAGCGCACAGUAGUGGUCGCGUGUCGAUUCCCAUUACCAACAAUGGUGCCUGUAGAAACUAUUGGACAUGGUGUAGACACUGUUUGGAAAUAUGAAGUAAAAAUCAGUUAAGUUGCAACAAAUUUAUUUACUUAGAUAUACAAAAUAAUAAACAGUUUUUAUUUUAGAAUCGA